AUGUCUUCCGCCAACGCUGCCCCAAUGGCAACCUUAACAGCACCCUCUGCGGCGAAUGGCACCCUUACAGGCAGCUUGGAACAGGGAGCAGAUAUACGGAAUAGUAUGGCGGAGCCCAAGCGAAAACUGCAUGGACGUGAGUUCUACAACAGUAUCGGUAGCCCUAAAUUCAUUCUCGCGCCCAUGGUCGAUCAAUCCGAAUUUGCAUGGCGUAUGCUUUCGCGAUCCUUCAUGCCACGCGACUCCUCUAAAGAUCUUCUUGCAUAUACACCAAUGUUGCAUGCACGCCUUUUUAGCGAUACGCCAAAGUUCAGACAUAACCACUUUCAACCUCUCCGAGAACCACUCUCCUCACCCCCACCCACCGCUUCGUCAUCAUCUCAGUCAGGCCUUUAUCUGGAUGGGAAUCCCACAAUUGACCGCCCUCUAUUCGUCCAGUUCUGCGCCAAUGACCCAGAUGAAUUGCUGAAUGCUGCGAAAUAUGUUGCGCCGUUCUGCGAUGCGGUGGACUUGAAUCUAGGAUGUCCGCAAGGGAUCGCUCGAAAAGGGAAAUACGGAGCGUUCCUACAGGAAGAUCAACAACUAAUAUAUGACUUAAUCAACAAAUUACAUAAAGAACUUGAUGUUCCUGUCACUGCAAAACUUCGAAUCCUAGAAACGCGAGAAAAGACUCUGGAGUAUGCGAAGAACGUUAUUAGUGCCGGGGCCAGCAUCAUUACCAUCCAUGGCCGGACAAGGGAAAUGAAAGGUCACAAAACCGGCUUGGCCGAUUGGAAAAUGAUCAAGUGGCUAAGAGAGCAAAUUCCUAAAGAGGUGGUGAUGUUUGCCAAUGGCAAUAUUUUGGGAAGAGAAGACAUUGACCACUGCCUCGGAGAAACUGGUGUUGACGGUGUAAUGAGUGCGGAGGGCAAUCUUUAUGAUCCGGCUAUAUUUGCUACUCCGCCACCAAUUGGGCAGGAAGGGAGGGAAUACUGGAGAGGUAGAGAUGGAAAAGGGGGUUACCGAAUGGAUGCUGUGUUUAGGCGAUAUAUGGAUAUCCUCUACAGAUAUGUCCUUGAAGUCCCCGGGCCGGAAAGAAAGCCACUCUAUCUUCCUUCUGACCCUGAGUCUGAUAUCAUACCGAAAGUCGAACCCGGGCCCAAGCAAGAGAAUGAAAGGAAAAGGGGGGUUCUGGAUGUGGAUAGUGGGGAUGCGCCGCCCAAGAAGAAGCAAAAAGGUGAAAAGAAGGAAAAGACACAAAACCCAAAUUUCCUCGCCAUGCAACCUCACCUUUUUCAUCUUCUCCGUGCUCUAGUCUCGAAACAUCACAAUGUCCGGGAUGCUCUUGCCAAGUGCCGAUCUGGAGAUAUCGUAGCUUUCGAAAACGUUUUACAAAUGGUAGAAGUCGCUUGUAAAGAAGGUAUCAAGGAGUACGAAGCGACUGAUGGGAAGAGCUGGGAAGAGGAGCUUGCAAGAGACAUACGUAUUAACGCCGUACCACAAUCCGAGACUAAGAAUGGCUCAGACGAGAUCGUAGAUGAGAGAUAUGAAAGCUCAGUUGAGACGGUCAAAGCUUGCAAGAGGCCUUGGUGGAUCGUGCAACCUUAUGUUAGGCCAUUGCCCAAAGAGGCAUACGCAAAUGGUGCGUUGACCUUGGGGAAGAAGGACAAGAGAAAAUUGGAGAUGGAGGAGAAGAAAGAGAAGAAAGAUAGCGUGAUCCCAAAAGGUCACGUUGAAAUCGAGACUUCCGCUGGAAAGGGGGAGAAGGUUGAGGUUGCUAAGGAAGGUUUGGUAUGUGGAUAG